AUGUGGGGGCUAGUCAGCAAAGUUAGUGCUAGAAUUCAUAUUUCUACUCGUCUCUCAUCCGUGUCAAACAAGACAAUUGGCACAUUUCCCGUUUUUCGCUUUUAUUCUUCCAGUGCAGAACAGAAAUAUAGAAAGAAACUUUUAGAAGAGGCUCAGAAACAAGGUUUCAACAGCAUAGAAGAGUUGAAGAACCAUUUGAAAGGGACUAUAGAAUCUAAAAAGCGCGAAUUCAAUAAAAUUGACCCCCUGAAAGAACUGGAGGACUAUCAACAAAGAACUAAAAUGGAAAAUAACAACUCCAAGCAUAUGAUGACAAAAUCAAGAAGUCCUCUUGACCCAAGUGCUCCUAAAGUUCCGUUUAAAACUUUGGACUCUUUCUUGGAUGUAGCGAAGCUCAAGGACUUAUCCAAGCAGGAAGUUGAGUUUCUUUGGAGAGCAAGAUGGGCACAAAAGGAUAAUACAUUAUGUGCUGUGAUUCCUGUCCCCGUUUACGAUAAAAUGAUGGCAAAUGCCAAGAACAACCCUAUAUUCGUUCUACCACUUCCCAGACAGGUUCAAUCAAAUGAUGCAAAAUCAAGCGAAGAACAGGGAAUGGAAUUACACUACAUUCAAUGGCAGUUUGUCGGACCCCAGACUACACAUUGUAUGAUGACCUCUUUGGCGGAGUACAAACUACACCAGGAAUUUGCAAGGCCACAUACUACUUUGCAGUUCCAUUCUGAUUUGGUCAAGGACAAGGAAAUUGUUUUUAUGAACGGCCAUGUCGAACCGGAUACAAACGUAAACGUACAAGAUGCACAAUUGUUGCUGUUAAACGUUCAGAGGUUUUACGGUGCUAUGGGUGAAGAAACUCCAGUUGCUAAACAGAGAGUACAGUUAUUAAGAGAUUUCUCCAAGGGUUCUCCUGAAUUUAAUGUCGAGAAAUUGAUUUCACUAUCACAGUCCAUGGAAAAUUAA